UGUCGGUACUUCCGGUUGCCAGAGGGAGAGACGAUGUCGCCGUCCUCGUUUAAUUUUGUCGACGCAAAAGACAAAUUUACGGCUUCUGCCGUGCAGGCUCUGGCUGGAAAAAACAUCAAACCUUUGAUCAGUAUUUUUAACCAGAUCUCCGGCAAUGAGGCAGAAAAAAAGACCACCCUCGACCAGGCUCUGAGGGGAGUUCUUGGUGAUCUGAUUGUUGAGCAGAAGGCAAGCUGUGAUGACUUCCUGGCUCUCAUUUACCUGAGCAUUGAUGCCGUAACAGAAAGUAUCUGUUCUGCUACAACCCCUUUUGUCCUGCUGGGAGACGUGCUGGACUGUCUUCCUCUAGACCUGUGUGACAAAAUUUUCUCCUUUGUUGAAGAGAACGUCUCCACCUGGAAGUCGAACUCCUUCUACACUGCAGGGAAGAACUAUUUGUUGAGGAUGUGCAACGAUCUUUUAAGGCGGUUGUCUAAAUCUCAGAACACAGUAUUCUGUGGGCGAAUCCAACUCUUCCUGGCGCGUCUCUUCCCUCUGUCUGAAAAAUCAGGCCUCAAUCUCCAGAGCCAGUUUAAUCUAGACAAUAUAACAGUGUUCAACAAAAAUGAACAAGAAAGCACUCUCGGCCAGAAGCACACAGAAGAAAAGGAGGAUGGUAUGGAAGUGGAGGAAGGAGAAAUGGGAGAGGAUGAUGCCCCAGCGCCAUGUUCUAUUCCAAUCGACUACAACUUGUACAGAAAGUUCUGGACGCUGCAGGACUACUUCAGAAAUCCAGUCCAGUGUUACGAUAAAUUCUCAUGGAUGACAUUCCUUAAGUUCUCAGAUGAGACUCUAGCGGUAUUCAAAAGCUAUAAGCUAGAUGACAUGCAGGCCUCUAAGAGGAAGCUAGAGGAGCUGAGAACAUCGGGCGGAGAACAUGUUUACUUUGCCAAGUUCCUCACAAGCGAGAAGCUGAUGGACUUGCAACUCAGCGACAGCAACUUCAGACGGCACAUACUACUCCAGUACCUGAUCCUCUUCCAGUACCUGAAGGGUCAGGUCAAGUUCAAAAGUUCCAACUGUGUUCUGAAUGAUGACCAGGCAGCAUGGAUUGAAGAGACGACUAAACUGGUUUAUCAGCUGCUGAGGGAGAUCCCGCCUGACGGAGACAAGUUUGCCACUAUGGUUGAGCACAUCCUCAACACAGAGGAGAACUGGAAUGCCUGGAAAAACGAGGGAUGUCCGAGCUUUGUGAAAGAAAGAACAGUAGAUGACAAACCCAAAAGACCCAUGAGGAAAAGACAAGCUCCGGAAGACUUCCUUGGAAAAGGGCCAGACCGCAAGCUUUUUAUGGGAAACGAUGAGUUGACUCGGCUGUGGAACCUAAACCAUGACAACAUGGAGGCCUGCAAGUCAGACAGCAGAGAGUUCAUGCCGUCACUGGAUGAGUUUUUCGCAGAAGCUAUUGAACAGGCCGACCCAGCCAACAUGGUAGAGGACGAGUACAAGGUUGUGCGAAACCCAAACUAUGGCUGGCGGGCUUUGAGGCUGCUGUCCAGGAGAAGUCCCCACUUCUUCCAGCCCACAAACCAGAAGUUCAAAAGCCUGGCGGACUACCUCGACAGCAUGGUUAGCAAGUUGGCCAAAGAACUACCGAAGGAUAUCCCUUCUGAGGAGAUAAAGACAGGAGAAGAGGAUGAUGAUGAUAAUGGGGACAAUCUUCUCAAAGACAGCAAUGACAGUCCGAGCAUUCAGAGCAAACUCGUGACAAACCAGCAGAUGGAUGACGUAGCAGCCAAACUGGGCGCUCGGUGGAAGAUCCUUGCUUCUCACUUGGAAGUGAAGGCGGCAGAGUUGCGAGAAAUCGAAACGGACAGCGAAGAUGUUGACAUGCAGGCCAAACUGCUGCUGGUGGCAUGGCAAGACAGAGAGGGAACACAAGCUACUGUGGAGAACCUGGUCACGGCUCUAAAUGCUGCUGGAUUCUCCCAGAUUGCAGACAGCCUCAGUGAGGCUUAAACUCUGUUACUGUACUUCCAUAACAUUGUUCCAGUCAUCCUUUUCAUACCAAAAAAUUGGAAAGCUUUUAUAUGUAGUAUAGUAUGUUGGCAGUUUUUUUUCCACUG